AUGUCGUCAGCCCAGGACGAGUUCGACGAGACCACUAUCCACCCCGACUCUCUACCGGUGCCUGCGACAUGGAGGCAGAAGACCUCGGUCUUCCGGUACUGCGGGCCUUCUGUGGCGGGCGCAGUCUCCUCCGUGAUUGAUGAGGGGGUGCUCUACCGCAUCAUCACAGACGGUGGCGGCUGGGCCUUUUACAACGACACUCGAUACUACACGGUGCAGGUGAGAUACCGCAUCACGGCUCAGUCGCCGGUGACCCCAGGACACUCCGUCACGGUAGACGGCAAAGGGGCGCAGCAGGAGCUGUCGAUGGAGCUGGGGCCGGAGGAGACCAAGGUGUUGCUCACGGGCAGCGUGGUGGGCUUUGAGAAUCUCUGCAAGGCGACACUGCUGCCGAGGCGCGCAGCGACGACCCAAGAGGAUCAGGCACUGUGCGCGGAGCCGCAGCAGCACUGGAGCGUCCUCGCCACCUCGUGCCCUGAUGCCGCGUUGCUGGACCGCCGUAGCGUGUCGACGACGCACCUCGUCGCCCGAUGCGUGGAGAAGCAGAUUCGGUAUGUCGACCUGCAUUUCUUUCCCAGCCACGCUUCCCUCUACCGUGACGGCCAGGACAGCUUUUAUAUACCUCCUCUGCACUGGCGCCUGCCUGCGAGCUACCUCCCCAGGGAUGACGGCGUCCGUCACGAGGUGCGUCUUUUUCACGGCCCCAUCCUUCACCCUGACGGUUUGCACGCGGGGCACCUGCUCCCCAACCACUUGCUGCUCUCUGUUGCAAUCGGGCUUACGUGCCUCUGGCCGCAGGCGCUGCGCUGCCUCUUCAUUCAUCCGCAGGGGGCACAGGAGGGCAAGCGCGACCGGGCUGUCGGGGCCUAUCACGUGAGGCUAUGCACAGGGGGCUGGUGGCGGCUCUGUGUCUUGGACGAGUUCUUUCCCGCGUCUGCACAGUGCCCCGAAUUCAGCCAUUGUGCUGACGACCUGCGGGUGCUGUGGCUGCCUCUGCUGGAGAAGGCGUGCGCAAAGUCGCUCGGCUCCUACGCUGCAAUGCUGGGGGUCCCUCUGGAAUACUUUGUCCGUGCGCUCACUGGAGGGCCUUGCACAGUGCUGCGCGAGAUCUGGCCAGCACACGAGGACUUGUGCGACUCCACCGUCAAGGCAACUCGUUUCCUUGCGCUCAUGAAGAGGCUGCUGUUGCAACGAACGGCGGAGAUGCCGAGCGUGGUGUGUUGGCUGCAACCCCACUUUCGCGGCACCGCCCGCACACAGCACAUAGGCGAUCGGCUGGUGGUGCUGUACGAGGAUAUCGGACUCGACCCUAAUAUCGCCACCGUGGUGCUAGGGCUUGAGACGCUCGGCGAUGGGCAGUGCGUCGCGCGUCUGCGUCAGACGGCCCAGAAGAGGAGGUCGGCGGAGUCGUGGCUUGACCUUUGGCGCCGCGCCGGAAAGUCGUGGGUGGACGAGGUGAGCGAUCUCGUGUUCGCCAUGGAGGAGUCGGCGGGGGACACGGUGUGGAUGGCGCUGGAGGACUUACCGCAGUACUUCCAAGGCGGCUGUGUGGCACCACUGACGAGUGACUGGGGUACGGUGAAGGUGCAGGGUGAGUUUAUGCAGCGCCAGCCGUCUGUGGUGCUGGAGGUGACAGUGACAGCACCGACGCGCCUCUUGGCGAGCGUUACGCAGAGGGACCUCGAUGAGGCUGGUUUGCCGACGCAGGCAGUGAAGCUUGACAAUACCUCAAUCGGUGCAAGUCAAGCAUUAGCGGGGCUGAGCUGCCUGCUGUACGCCAAGGGAAGCGGCGACAGUACUCACUUUUAUGGCAGCAGCGGCAGCACUCCCGAUGCGUUCGAGGUUGCCCAAGAGCUGCAUUUCGCGUACGAGCGUGAGGUGACUGCCGGGCAUUUGCUAGACCCGCGCCAGGGCCCCUACUAUGUGGCGCCGUUUGUGCACGCCGCUUCGUUCGAUGUGGCGUACACCAUAACAGUCCAACUAAUCGGGGCAGACUCGGUGUCCUCUGCGGCGCCGCUGGGAGCUCCUGAGAGCAGCACGGCGAGAGUGCGCUUCAUGACGGCGAAACGAGGGACCGCUCUCUUUCAGAAUCUUACUCAGCCGAUCCUCCUUGAGUCCUCGAUGGAGGUGAGCUCGACAGCCAUGAACUACCAAAGUCACCCACCAGGGCAACUGCGCCUGCACUGCGGCUCGGGAGUGGCCGUCGAUCUCGUGCUCAGUGGCCGCGAUGUGCCAACGCCAAUAACAGCGGCAGGCACCGAAUGA